AUGAAUAUUGACGAAGAAAUCCUGAAGGUAUACGCCUUACUUAAGAACUCUGCUGAAACAUUAGAAGAUGUGUUACAUAAAUCAUUUGAAAUACCAGUUGACAAUUGGUCCAAGGAGAAACCUGUAUUACUAUUCCCUGAUUCUGGAGAUGGCUUAUAAGACUUAUUAGAGUUGAUGAGCAGAAUCGACAAAAACUUAGAUCAAGUUCGCGUGAACAUCAGAUAUGAUCAAGGAAGAAGAAUUCGAUCCCCGCUAUUCCCAACCGCUGAUUGA